UCCUUUCACUGACUGCUGCUGCGACUGGACUGACACGAGAGCAACGAAUACGUAAGUCUCAGUUACAUAAGCUACGCCCUUUCACACUUCUACGCAGUUGGGGAGGCAACAGCAAAGGUCUCGGCAUAUAUAAACACUACUCUCCGCUCCACCCCACUGACCGCUCUUCGGCCCACCCACUCCCCUUCCCAACCCGACUGAACCAACGUCAGCACACCACACAGUGCUUUUGCGAGCAGCCGUAACUUACAUUACUUCAAGCAAACAUUACUCUCCUCGCCGUGAAGGAAGCUCUCGCCUUUGACUCUCUUAUUGACCGAAAACCCCUUCAGCCGCCCACCAUGGGCCGUUACGAGACGCUCAAUGAGGCGAGCAAAGAUCUCAUUGAUUGCAUGCUUCCAAAGAUUGCCGUCAACUUUGGCGUCGACGACCCGAGAGAUGUGAUCCCAGCCGACAUUUGUAUGCGAGCAUGGGACUGCGACCGCCGUGAACACAUCUACGAUCAACCAGAAGAUGAUCCUCGCAAUUGGGGACUCCAAUUUCUCAAGGAACUUAUUUCGAUCUCUCGCAUGAAGAAAGGCAAACUAGAGGAGUUUCAGAGGGACCUGCGAGAGAAGGUAGAGGCGCAUGAGGACGGGCAUCAGUGGGCGAGGCUGGCAGACAUCAAGGAGGUAAAGCUAGACUACGAACAUCCGGAGCGUAAGAACCCUCCUCCAGUUGAAGAGAGCGAGGAGGUUGAGAGCGAGAACUCGUAUUAUGAACUCGUUGAGACGGACCAACCAAGGCGUGGGAGAAAUCACGGCGACGCGCCGAUGUUCGAGGCUCGUCCGGUGGCAAAAAAGCGCAAGCGCAAAAAUGCGCCAAAGCGGUUGCGUCGCGGAUCCAGCGAGGGUUGGGAAAGGAAGGACAAGUCUCGACGCUCGAUUGCAUCGCCGUCAAGUGGAGACGAGUCUUUCGUGGAAUCAAGCCCCAAGCAGAUGUCUAACCCCAGCCACGACCCCAUGGGCAAAGAUGACCUCUCCUCCAAAUAUAACUCUAUCCGUCGACAGAACCCAAUGCCUAAAGAUGACUCUAUCGAUGAUGAAGACCUGGACGAGAUGUCCGUCUCCGAGCUCGAGGCUCAUGUCCAGCUUACCCAAGCUGAGCUUCGUGCCGCCCGCUUGAGAGUCAAACUCAUCGAAGCACGUCGCAAGCGCAAGGGGGGUUCUCCUAAGAGUCGCCAGUCAAGCAUGGACCCAAGCGUCAGUGAUGUAUUGACAAACGGUAAGCAGCACCGAAUCCGGAAGACUCCUCAGGCCGCCAUGACGGUAGAAGCCAACUUCGGCCGGCACCGCAAGCUCAUUCAAGAUGAUGAAUCCGACUAUGAAAUCCCUCGGACGGUGGCCACCCGCAAGCCGGUCCGUCCUAGUGUCACCCCUUCUGCCGCCUUUGGUGAGGAAGACUACCGCUAUGAAACGUCUAUGACGGAGGCGGCCUGCAAGCCUGUGCGCCCCAGAAUCACUUCCUUUGCCACGUUUGGUGAGGAAGUCGACGACUAUGAGGCCGAAGAAGAAAGCGGUACGCCGCACCACAACGCCCGCUUUGCGAACACGCACAAACGCCAGCACAAACCCAAGGUCCCUGUUCCCGCUCCGCGCAGGACAAUGGCACCAGCUCCGCGCGUUAGGUCUCCUAGCCCGCGGCACAAGGCCCUCGCUCCUGUCGCCAACAUGGUUCCCCCGCCGCAGCUCCUAGUCAAGCGCAAGCCAACAUACUUGCCCAAGGAGUAUGUCACCAAGCCAUCGGUGCGUCAGGAGGACCUUGAAAAAGAGCGUGCUUUUGCCACUCCGCCCGAAUCGUCCCUUGAAGGGCUGUCUGGUGGUCGUGGAGAGACGGCUCACAAGGAUUCUGACGCGGGGGAGGAGUCGCCGCUAUUCACUCCUGAUGAGUGAUCAAUUGGUGGAAGCCUCCUGGGUGUACAGGAGCAUAACUUCAAACUUGGAUUCUGGAACUCACGAUGCCACGGAUGGAUGAUCUCGUGGUUUUGGAGGGAUACUGAGGCAUAUGAGUAUCUGGUUUUGGAUUUCGCCGAAGAGCGACAGAGGCCUAUUGGGAACUCCAGUCGUUGCUUCAGCGCGGACCGAGCGCAUUUCAAGCAACAUCUGCUCUUAUACAUGUGGAUCUCU